GUAAAUUUGUAAAAUGUGUGGAGGACGAUGGAGUUUCAGUUUGGUUCAGAGAUGCACCAUAAAUUACAAUAUUAAUGUUAAUAAAAUACAUUAAAGAGGUUGAAUGGGGAAAGAAGGUUUGGAUUGGAUUCAAUUCAAUUGGGGGGUUAUGUUAUUAAAAUGACAGGGGAACAACAACCUAGUUUGCAGUGAGAUCGGUGGGAUUAGGGUUGGAAUUGGGAUUGGGUAGUUAGCUUUUUCUGUUUAAUUAUUACAAUUUUUAAAAAAAAAUUCCGAUGGCUUCAGGGGUGGAAGAAGAAGUUGAGAGGGCUGUGGAAGAGGCGAAAGAGUUGCAUGAUUCAGCUGCUUCUCUUAUUAAUCGAACAUCUGGUGAAGAACAAUCUUUAAGGCAGCGUGUUCUUUCUUUGGAUUCUAAUAUUCGCCGCUUGCGUUCUUUACUUCAUUCCACCAAUUUGGAUUCCAAGUUGAUCGAUAAGCUCGAAGAAGAAUUGCAGAGAGCCAAGUGUUUGAUAUAUGAUGGCGAUGCUUCUGCUUUCCUUCCAACCAAAGCAGAGGGCGGUUUCCUUAGAAUGUUUAUUGGCCCAAUUAAUGUCCGAGCCUCCCGCAAAGAUGUCCAGUUGAAAGUUAAAGAAGAGUACAACGCUUACAGAGAUAGGACUGCCCUUCUUUUUCUUCUAUUUCCCUCAACGCUUCUUAUAUUAAGAUCUUGGAUCUGGGGUGGAUGCUUGCCUGCAUUUCCUGUUCAACUUUAUCAGGCAUGGCUUUUGUUCCUCUAUACUGCUUUGGCUUUGCGAGAGAACAUUUUGAGACUCAAUGGAAGUGACAUUCGCCCCUGGUGGAUCUACCAUCAUUACUGUGCUAUGAUUAUGGCCCUUGUUAGUCUCACUUGGGAGAUUAAAGGGCAGCCAAAUUGUGCGCAAAAGCAGAGAGGGGUGCAACUUUUCCUUCAAUGGGCUAUGAUGCAAGGAGUUGCCAUGCUUCUUCAAAACAGAUAUCAACGCCAGAGACUCUAUACUCGUAUUGCCUUGGGAAAGGCCAAGAGAAUGGAUGUUGUUUGGGGAGAAACGGCUGGUGUAGAUGGCCAAUUAUGGAUUUUGUGUCCAAUGCUUUUCAUUUUGCAGGGUUUCGAGGCAUAUGUUGGAUUACUGCUGCUUAGGACUGCAUUGGAUGGGGUCAUAUCUGAAUGGCAGGUAAUUUUUUGUGGGCUCCUUUUGGUUUUAAUGGCAGUUGGGAACUUCAUAAAUACAGUAGAGACGCUCAUGGUAAAGUCCAGGUUUAAAGCAAAAAUGAAAAGAAGUAAGAGCAAGCAGGAGUUGUAGAGUAUGAAUAUAUGUUUAGAUAUUUGAGCCACAA